CCCAUUCCGAUUAACCACUACCACGACACGCACAGGCAGAGCUGCCAUCGCAAUCCAUCGGAAAUAUCUCUCCUCGCCGCCGGCCGCCGCCGCUGCCGCGCCCUGCGCCAUGCUCCGACUCCGGCUCCGAGAGUCCGUCGUUUCGCGUCUCCUCUCUUCGCCUUUCACUUCCACCUCUGCCAUCUCCCCUCUGCUUCGCCUCCUCUCAGCAUCCGCAUCCGCAUCCGCAUCCGCAGCCCCUAGUACCUUCGCCGUGGAGGAGUACCUGGUCGACACCUGCGGCCUCACCCGGCCCCAAGCGCUCAAGGCCUCCAAGAAGCUCUCCCACCUCAAGUCCCCCGCCAACCCCGACGCCGUCCUCGCCUUCCUCGCCGGCCUCGGCCUCUCCGGCGCCGAUGCCGCCGCCGUCGUCGCCAAAGACCCGCUCUUCCUCUGCGCCAAAGUGGAGAGAACCUUGGUCCCCGUCGUCGACGGCCUCACCGGCCUCGGCCUCUCGCGUUCCGAGAUUGGCGGCCUCGUCUCCCUUGUUCACAACCGCUUCCGCUGCAGAUCCAUCGUCUCCAAGAUGCAGUACUAUCUGCCCCUCUUCGGCUCAUUGGACAACCUACUCCGGAUGCUCCAGCGCUCGUCCUACCUUCUCUCGUCGGACCUCGACAAGGUGGUCAGGCCCAAUGUUGUGUUCCUGAGGGAGUGCGGGCUAGGUGAUUGUGAUAUUGCCAAGCUGUGUAUCCCUGUGCCUAGGAUACUCAUCACCAACCCGGAGCGCAUCCGAGCGAUGGUGGCAUGUGCCGAAAGAUUAGGUGUACCCCGUGGCUCUAGGAUGCUCAGGCACGCGCUGCAGGCUGUCGCGUUUCUCAAUGAGGACAAGAUCGCCGCCAAAGUGGACUAUUUGAAGAAUACGUUCAGGUGGUAUGAUGCCGAAGCUUGCAUUGCUGUGCGCAAGUAUCCGGGUGUGCUGAGGAAGUCAAAGGAAUCGCUGAAGCACAGGUCCGAGUUCCUGUGCUCUAAGGUGGGGCUGGAACCCGUGUACAUUGCUCAUCGAUCGGAAAUACUUUCAUAUAGCAUGGUGGGCCGACUCAGACCUCGGUACUAUGUUAUCAAGUUUCUUAAGCAAAAUGGACUGCUAGCUUGUGACUUGAGCUUAUAUAGCGCGAUCAAGAUGACUGAUAAGGUAUUUGUGGAGAAGCUCAUAUGCCCUCACAAGGAAGCCGCACCACACCUCGCUGAAGAUUAUGCAGCAGCUUGCAAAGGGGAAGUGCCUACUAAUUUCAGAUUCAUAUGAACAAAAAAGGGGUAUGCAAGUUGGUUACAGUGUAUUGUGCAACAAAGUUAUCGCCCUGCGUGUAAGCUGUUAGUACUUCCUGUUUCGGUGUUCUUUUCCUAAGAUGAUGUUGGUUGUUUUCUGUGGCAUGCCUGUUGCUAAAUGCUUACUCCCUAUGAAACUGAUAAUUUAAUUCCUCAACCCCUGUUUGUUCAGGUUGUCAUUCCUUAGAGAAUAUCUCUCUAAAUGAGAAGUUCAUGGAUAUUUUGUCUUUCUGAGUUCCAUUAAAGAUCUUGGAAAUUUGAUAUGUGGGUUGGACCAAUUUUAUGAUGAACCAAGCAUUCACCAAAAGAGUAGCGUUGUGUCGUUUUCCACUAAAAUGCAUCAGUUUGAUCUGCCAAAAUUUAUUUAUCAUGCAUGUUCAUGUUCAUUUCCAUGUCUUUUAGCUUCCACUGUAUAUCGAUUAGUACCAACUUUGUUUAAUAUUUAGGUUAGACUUAGAGAUACUGAGACCUUCUACCUGUUGUCCACCCAUUAUAUGAUACUGCGACCUUCUGCCGGUUUUCCAUUCUAACAUAAAGAGUGGCAAGUUGUUGUGUUUUGUGAUGUAAUUAUGUUUCCUGGUUGUGUUUAAUGAGCAAUAGGGGUAACAAUCCCUGCUACUGUCACCAUGCCAUUAUAUACAAACAUUUUCCCUGUUGAGAGACACGAAAUAUGACAGCCAUUUAGAUCUGACAAAGAAGAGAAAAUUGCAGCAAUUAGUUGUGUGGAUGUUUCCAUUCAGGCGUCAGGCAAAAAUGUAAAUGUGAUUGAGGCUGGUGAGUUGUGCUUUCUCAGGUUUACAAGCAUUGUUCACAGAAACACAAAACUGAAUUUAUAUACUUAGGCCUGCAUGAUUGUUUUCCUUUUGCAAGUUGACUACAGCUGUUGAUGCCUAUUGGGGUUAUUUAUAACAGUCCAAAUAUAUGACUUAAAACUUAGCAUCGUGUUGUGCCAUGAGUUUUCACCUUUUGUGUUUUGGUUGCACAUUCUUUUCGGGUUUACUUUUCUAUGAGGUGAGCCCUUUCAGAAACCUGCAUCGUGUUGUGCCACAACAGUUUACUGUUAUAUAACUUCUAACUUGCAGCUACAAUAAUUUAACAAGUAUCGACAUCUUGCAAAGGAAAAGAGUAUCCGCAUCCAGUAUCUGACAUAUAAAUUCAGUUAUUUCUCUACACUGGUCACAAAGCAGGAUACCUAUGAUUUGGUGUUGUCAGCAUGCUCCUUAUAGUUACGGUUCUGCUUUACCUAAUGUAUUUUGCAAAGACUAUGACUAGUUGACUACAGAAUCUGACCAUAAUACGCUACAUGAAAUAAAAAUUGCAAGCCAAAUUUAAUGAGCAGUUGUCAGUCUUGGCAAAAGCAGGGACCUAAGCGAUCAAAUCAAAGGAGAAAGAGGUUGAAACCAGGGGAGAAGAUCACAGCAACCACCAGGAGAAAAUAUGUCUCCAUUUUUCAUGACCCGAAUACCUUGAAAUUGAUGUAGUAGGAGGAUGCUGGUACAUGUUUGGUCUUCAGUGCGCCACCAAAAAAAGCUUGCUGAUGGGAUGCAAAGGAUAAGCUUACUUGAGGUGUUAGCAAAAGCAGAGCCUAGGCGAUCAGACCAAAGGAGGAAGGAGGACUGGGAAGGAUGGAAAUCGUAGCAACCACCAAGAAAAAAUAUCUCUCAAUUUUCCAUGGCCUGCCUAGCUACCUUGCAAUUGUUAUGUUUGAUUUUAGUGCUUCACCAAGACACUUGCUGAUAAGAUGCAAGGGCUGGGGUAAUGUUGUGAGGUAGUAUUAGUCUAUGCUUAGUGUACUGCCUACUAAAAUGUAGUAGUAAUGCUUAAGAUGCAAUGUCCUGAUUUUAUUUUAUUUUACAACAAUGACUGCUGUAGAUAUUUUUUAGAAAGAUGACAGACACACUGUCCUGAGUGUUUAUGAUGUCAGCUGUUGUUUAUAUCUUUUAAAGGCCAAUUUCAAACUGAAAUCGAGAUUGUUACCUGCAGAUACUAAUUGCCAUCUGUAACCCAGUUUGAGAAG